AUACAGCCUUGCGGAGCAGCAAUUAUCACCAGCAGAGAGGGUUGGACCAGAACCUGAGCAUAAGCCAUGAACAUUAGGCGCUUGGCCUGACAAACUCGGCUCCAGGAGGCGGGGUGCUCCUGCUGCCCGUCUUGUCUCCUCUACAGCAGAAUGCAGCCGUUCUACUAAUACCGCCGUACCCUUCUCCCUUUGUGCCUGUCUUGCAACAAUACCGCCUUGGUCAUUUGUGAGAAUAACUGAUGUGGUAUGACUGUUAUACACCAUAAGUGCGGUGUCCUGAAAAAAGCCAACCGAUCUGCCUUUGCGACUUCCUGUUAGAGAUCUGAUCGCAUACACCAAACAACACCUUCAAACGACAGAUUAUCGCAUUGUCAAGGACAUCAUCCUCAAAUAUCACGAACUGGCAGAGAUAUCAAAGCUAGUCAUCUUUCACAGUCUUCGCACGACCCUUCGACGACCCUUUUUUGCCCACUUCUAUCCACACCACAACAUUCACCAUGCCUCCCACAAAAUCCAAGUCUUCAAAACGCGCACCAAGCAACAAAACCGGUCCUUGGUCGACAGCCAGAAUCUUGAAUUCAACGUCCCCGGUCGCCAACAAAGACAUCCACGCAUUCUUGGUCCAGUGCAUCUCUGGCUGGAAUGAAAACUACACCGAGGAGGAAAAGCGGGCCAUCAUCGACAGACUUCCACCACGAUUCCACACCCACGACGUCGACGAGGCUGGCUCCCUACUUUGUCCCAUCUCUGCAGACUUCGUCCUGGAAGACCCAUACCUCAAAGCCGCCGUCCCUAGAUUCAAGCAGCACGUCAAUGAAGGAUACUACGAGCAGGGCUGGCAAAACAAGGCCAGGAAGGCUAUGCAGGAGAGACGCGAGGGCAAGUUCGACGCGUAUCUGCAGGAGGAGAUAGAGGCUGCGUUUGGUGAUGGAGAGGACGUCGGUGACAACGAUCCUAACGUCCAGGAAGGUGGCCUCAGCAGCGACGGCGAGUGGCGCGCCGGUAAGGGCAAAGGACGGCGCUGAACACAAUAGGAUAGGCACCUAGUCAUGUCAAUGAAAGCCUUAU